CUAACAAAGCUGCGCAAAGUGUCAACUCGUCAAAGAAGAGAGACCGCAAGGUUGCAAUUUUGCUCUCUGCUGAAGCUUGCCGUGGACCAUUUCAGACCUAACCGAACGCAAACGACCAAAAUUUCCUUAGGACCUUCGAUCCUCUGCCACUCAUUCCGAACUUUCUUGCCCGAGCCGACACGUCAAAACAAAUUUAGCAAAACAUGUCUCUCGCCGACCCAGUCUCGUUUGCCAAGGAUUUCAUCGCCGGUGGUGUGUCUGCUGCCAUCUCCAAGACGGCCGUGGCGCCGAUCGAGCGAGUCAAGCUGUUGCUGCAGGUCCAGCAUGCGUCCAAGCAGAUCGCCGCCGACCAGCAGUACAAGGGCAUGGUCGACUGCUUCACCCGCAUCCCUAAGGAGCAGGGAUUCCUCAGCUUCUGGCGCGGAAAUUUGGCCAACGUCAUCCGCUACUUCCCCACGCAGGCCUUGAACUUUGCCUUCAAGGACAAAUACAAGCAGGUCUUCCUUGGAGGAGUGGACAAGAAGACUCAAUUCUGGCGCUACUUUGCCGGCAACCUGGCGUCAGGUGGUGCCGCUGGAGCCACGUCCCUCUGCUUCGUGUACCCCUUGGACUUCGCCCGAACACGUCUUGCCGCCGACAUUGGCAAAAGUGGCGCCGAGCGCGAAUUCUCCGGCCUCGGCAACUGCCUGGCCAAGAUCUUCAAGUCUGAUGGCCUUGCAGGUCUCUACAGGGGCUUCGGUGUCUCUGUUCAGGGCAUCAUCAUCUACCGAGCCGCCUACUUCGGCUUCUUCGAUACUGCCAAGGGAAUGCUCCCAGAUCCCAAAAACACGCCUUUCCUUGUCUCGUGGGCCAUUGCCCAGACGGUGACAACUGUGGCCGGCAUUGUGUCCUAUCCCUUUGACACUGUGCGUCGUCGCAUGAUGAUGCAGUCUGGCCGAGCCAAGGGUGAUAUUAUGUACAAGAGCACCAUGCAUUGCUGGUCGACCAUUGCCAAGAAUGAAGGCACCGGCGCCUUCUUCAAGGGCGCCUUCUCCAACGUCCUUCGAGGCACUGGAGGCGCUCUUGUGCUUGUUCUCUACGACGAGAUCAAGGCGCUCCUCUAAGUAGACAAGUCUGCACUUUUUUUUU